GAACAAAAGCCCGCAAACAUUUUUUUCCGGUUGACAGUUUUAUGCAACCCUGUUUGAAGAUAUUCAAAAUUUUUACUUGGCAUCACUGGUCCUAGCAACAAAAAUUUUCCUUUCCAAGCCUUAUGGCAGAACUUAGUAACGUCAUGGAUGUAGAAAUAGUAAAUGGUGAGGUCGACGCUAAAAAAGAAAUAAUGAGCAUAAUUUCUAAAAUUCACGACUAUGAGGAAAAAGUUCAAGAAAUAGUAUCCAACUAUUACGUUGAUUUCCUGCCCAAUUGCUUUGAUAAUGUAAAGAUUAUGAAAAAUGGCAAAAUGCUAGAAGAAGAAAUCAACAAUGUUGUAACAUUGGUAAAUCAAGAUACUGCUUGGCAACAUAAUACAACACAAGAGAAUAUGCAACAAAUUCGUGAAGAACUUAGUGAGUGCAUUGCAGCAUACAAAACAUCAUUCAAACUACAGACAAUUCACGGUUUAUUUGAGAUGAUCCCACGAACGGGAGAUGACUAUCAGAAGUUGAUUCACAUAAUCGAAAAAAUCAAGUUACUUUUGAACGACGGAACUGAUUUAGUAUUACCUAAACUUGAAUGCUACCAAACGAUAAGACUUCGAUGCCAUGAAGAACAUCAAUUAAUACUGUUCAAUUUGAACAAAAAGUUUGAAUCACUUAUACAGCUCAACGAGAAAUCAUUCCAAAAUACUAAAUCGAUCACAAUUAAGAUAAAAAAGGAUGAAGAUCAACUACACCAAGUAAUACUAGCUUUAGUUCACGCGAAUUACAACGUCCACAAAAUGUGUAAAUUUUUGUUAGACAAUGUGUUUGAGCCAAUUAUAACACGACCCGUGUCGCUGUCAUACAACGAAAACGAUGGAGAUUUUGUAACGUUACAACUGUCCUACCAGCUCAAAUCUGGAAAUGAGCUGAGACCCAACUAUAAAACAAUUUUCAAACUGAUAAUGGAGACAUUCUUUUGUCUUGGACAUAUGAAUAUACUAAUCUCGGAACGUCAAUGUAUAUUCUCUAUCAUUGCAAAGCAUACUAAAGGACGCAUUUGUAAUUUGUUAGUUGAAAGUUGCCUACAAAACGAUAUUCCCGAUACCAUUGCUGAAAUGAAUGACUCCAACAUAGUACAGGCCGUCCAGGAAUUUAAUAAUUUUUUUCGUAAAAUGUUAUAUCUAGAUGGUGUGAACGACAAUGUUCUCGACGAAUACGCGAAUAAAAUAGGAUUGCUUUUUCAAAAAAAAUUCUGCACUAACAUUGUUAAUAGUGCUUUCGACAUAAUGAAGAAAGACCUGCAUGAUAUGGUACUGGUUGAAGAGCGAGAACCACACCUUUCGAGUGGGUCAGACAUGUUUGCCAGUUGUAUGAUAUCGAAAAGUACAAUCGAACUUAAAAAGCUCCUAGAUAAAAUCUUAUCAGAAGCCUUGACUAGCGAAAAAGAACUUUCCGAUCGUCUAAUGAAGACAAUUGCUAUAAUCUUAGAGCGAUAUGCGAAUGAGGUAAUCAAAAACCACGAAAAACUGUUGCAGAAAAUUCCCCAACAAUCGGCACUAUUUCACAACAACUGCAUGUACUUAUCGUUCUGGCUCCAAAAAAAUGGUGGGAAAUUAGGAAGCAACUGCUCAUUUAUGCUUGUCGGCAAUGCUCUACGUGAUCAGGGCAGCCAAACUUUUCAAAGUCAACUACUGAAUCAACGAACACUACUUCUACAAUCGCUGGAAAGUUUUGCUCUACUCGAAGCAACCGUUGAACUAGGUGCCGAACCGCAAAAAGCUGUACGACAGUGCAUUCGACAGUUUGAUCUGCUGAAAAGUGUAUGGCAGACCGUUUUGCCUGAGAAUGUUUAUAAUUCAAGUAUCGGUGGACUGGUGACAACGUUUUGCGCUGAACUCAUCAAACGGAUUUUAAAUCUGGAAGACAUUACCGCUUCUUUAGGAAGCGGUCUUGUGGAUGUAAUUACCAUAGUGAGAGAGAAGGUUCCAUUACUAUUCAUGGAUCCUGCCGACAUUAUAACUACGGUAAAAAAUUGGACAAAGCUAAUUCAGCUUCAUAAAAUUCUUGAUGCAUCACUUGUCGAGAUAAUUGAACUCUGGGGUGAAGGAAAAGGACCUCUUACGUUGAACUUCAAAGCAGAAGAAAUAAAGAAAUUGAUAAGAGCAUUGUUCCAGAAUACGAAACACCGACAGAUGUGCCUGGCUUCCAUAAUUCAAAUAUAAAAUGUAUAAAUAGUUUCAA